UCUUGUAGUUUUGAACUUUUUUAUUUGAAAAAAUUAAUGACUCUAAUCUUGCUUUAGGCGAAGAAGUACGGAGAAGAAUUUUUACUGACUUGCUUAGCAAGUCACGUGACUGACAACUUGUCAUUUACUUCUUUUUUCCUUCUUGUUUUUGUUUAUCUCCAGCUUUUCGGUUUUCCUCCUUCGAGCGUUAAAUUCUCUUAGUGAGAAAGAUUGAGAAGGAAUUAAAUAUGGGUGUCCAAAGCGGACAGUUACGUUUUUCAGGCAGAGUUGCUGUUGUCACCGGUGCUGGUGGAGGACUUGGAAGAGAAUAUGCUUUGUUACUUGCUGAGCGAGGAGCGGCUGUUGUUGUUAAUGAUCUUGGUGGAACCAGGAGUGGAGAAGGAAAAAGUUCGGCAGCAGCAGAUGCAGUGGUAAAAGAAAUUAAGGCCAAAGGAGGAAAAGCAGUAGCAGAUUAUAAUUCCGUUGAAGAAGGGGAGAAAAUAAUAAAAACUGCUGUUGAUAAUUUUGGACGUAUAGAUAUUCUCAUCAAUAAUGCUGGUAUUUUACGAGAUAAAUCUUUUGUGAACAUUUCACUUGAAGAUUGGGAUCUUAUUCACAGAGUUCACUUAAGAGGUUCUUUUAUAGUUACCAAAGCAGCUUGGCCUUACUUUAGGAGACAAAACUAUGGAAGAAUUAUUAUGACAGCUUCAGGUGCUGGAAUUUAUGGAAAUUUUGGACAAUCAAAUUAUUCUGCUGCAAAACUUGGAGUUUUAGGAUUGUCUAAUACUCUUGCAAUUGAAGGGAAGAAGUACAAUAUUCAUUGUAAUACUAUUGUUCCUAUUGCGGCAUCGAGGUUAACUCAAGAUAUUUUACCUCCUGAUAUAUUUGACCAAUUAAAACCAUCUUGUGUGAGUCCUGUGGUAGCUUGGCUGUGCCAUGAGUCUUGUGAAGAUAAUGGUGGAGUAUAUGAAGCUGCCGGAGGCUGGGUAGGAAAAUAUCAAUGGCAGAGAUCAGCUGGAAAAGCUUUCAUACCCCCAGAGACUUUAACAGUUGAAGCUGUUAGGGACAACUGGUCUAACAUUAUUGAUAUGAGUGACUCAACUUCGCCAUCAAAUCUUCAGGAUCAAACUGUUUCUCUUAUGGAAUCUCUUAGUGGCCAAUCCAAACCUAAGCCAAGACCUACUAAAGUAUCUCAUGAUGAUCCUGAUGUGUUCCGUUAUGAUCAUGAUAAAGCAAUUUUAUAUGCAUUAGCAGUUGGCAUGUCUGUCAAAGAACCUUCAGCUCUUGAUUUCUUGUAUGAAAAUGCAGAUAACUUUAAAGUAUUGCCAACAUUUGGAACUAUUGUUGGUAUGAACACUUUAUUUAGCUCAGAAGUUUUACGGGAACAAAUUGAAAAGCUUAAUGGUGAUCCAACAAGAUUACUACAUGGGGAACAGUAUUUAGAAUUGUAUCAGCCAUUCCGACCUUCAGGUGUUCUUACUUCUAAAUGUCGUUUAGUUGAUGUUCUAGAUAAAGGAUCUGGUGCUGUUGUCAUUGUUGAAGAGGAUACUUUUGAUGAAAAUAAUCAACUGGUAAUGCGCAGUGAAUGGACCAUCUUUCUGGUUGGUGCUGGUAAUUUUGGUGGUAAGAGAUCUACUGACAAAGGCAAGAAAGUUCAGUCUCUACCAAAUCGUAAACCAGAUGCUGUAAUUGAAGAAAAAACCUCUGUUGAUCAGGCAGCUUUAUAUAGACUGUGUGGUGAUAAAAAUCCUAUGCAUAUUGACCCAUCUUUUGCUGCUAUUGGAGGAUUUUCUGAACCAAUUCUCCAUGGCUUGUGUUCUUUAGGUUAUGCUACUAGGCAUGUAUUGAAACAGUUUGCUAAUUACGAUGUGAACUUAUUCAAAGCAGUUAUGGCAAGAUUUGCAAGUACGAUACUUCCUGGACAAACUUUGCGAACUGAAAUGUGGAAAGAAAAUAAUAGGAUACAUUUUGAAAGCAUGUGUGUGGAAACAGGCAAAAAAGUUAUUUCAGGAGCUUACAUUGAUCUGAUUGGGACAGCUAAUGCCACCAAUGGACCUGCAGUAUCGAUGCCUGUUAAAUCAGGACCAGCAUUAAAGAGCAAAUUUAUUUUUAAAACAAUGGCAGACCAACUAGCUCAAAUGCCUGAAUUAGCUUCUAAAAUACAAGCUGUGUAUGAAUGGAACAUUUUACAAAAUGGCAAAACUGCAGCUACAUAUACUGUUGAUUUAAAAAAUGGACCAGGGAAAAUUGUAGAAGGCACUAUCAAUGGAAUAAAACCUGGGUGCACUCUGAUUAUGGAGGAUGAGGAUAUGCUUGCAUUAGUUACUGGAAAAUUGGAUCCUCAAAAGGCUUUCAUGUCUGGAAAACUAAAGAUCAAAGGCAACAUUAUGCUGACUCAGAAACUCAAACCGUUGUUAUCAGCACGACCAAAAGUUGAUCUAACAAAACCUCAAAAUGAACCUAAAGUUGACUUAAAAUGUGACAAGAUUUUUGAAAAAUUGGCUGAGAAAUUAAAAAAAAAUCCUGAUUUAGCCAGCUCAAUAAAAACUAUUUACCAGUGGAAUAUAAAGAAGGAUGGGAAAGUUGUAUCUACUUGGACGCUGGAUCUAAAAAAUGGCCCUGGAUCAGUCUACAGAGGAACUCCCAAGAAUGAUAAACCAGAUUGUACAUUCAUAUUAGAAGAUGAUAUUUUCACAAAAAUUAUGGAUGGAUCGGAAGAUCCUCAAAGGGCAUUCAUGUCAGGUAAACUUAAAAUCACUGGGAAUGUUCUUGCUUCUCAAAAAUUACAAGCAAUCUGGGAGAAUCCAGAAGAAGAAGAUGAAAAGAUGUCCUUUGCUCCAUAUAAGGGUGAAGAGCCACCUAUCGCCAUGAAAGCUGAUUUUGUGUUUGAGGCAUUUGCAGAGCGUUUGCAUGAAGAGCCUGAACUUGCACAGAAGAUAAAAGUUGUAUACCAUUGGAAUGUCCUUCAGUCAGGAAAGAAAGGCUCUGAAUGGACUGUUGAUUUGAAGAGUGGCUCUGGUUCAAUUUAUCGAGGACCACCCAAAUCUGGAAAAGCUGAUGUUACGCUGACAAUGGAAGAUGAAGAUGUUAUUCUCAUGAUGUUAGGAAAACUUAAUCCUCAAAGGGCAUUCAUGACUGGCAGAUUGAAAAUUAAAGGUAACAUUAUGUUAACACAAAAACUGAAUCAGCUUUGGCAAGAAAUUUUGAAAUCGGGCCGUGCAGUGGAAUUGCCUGUUUUGUCUGCUAUUUUGGGUGAUAAGCCUUUUGAUCCUACUCUGAGAAGUGAAACUAGCUUUGUGGAAUUAGGCAAGAGAGUAUCCAGGCAACCAGAGUUGAUUACAAAGUUAAAUACUGUUUUUGAAUGGAAUGUUACAAAGGAUGGCAAGAAAAAGACACAAUGGAUCUUGGAUUUGAAGAGUGACAAAGUUAUGUUGUGCCGUGGACCUGCAAAGGAAGGUGUAAAACCUACCAUUUCAAUUACCAUUGAUGAUGAUGUCUUUGCUGACUGGAUUCAAUACAAAAAGAAUCCAAAUCAAGUUUUGUCUGAUAAAGGAACAAAAAUAGAAGGUGAUGCAUCUGUCGUAUCGAAACUUUUUGAUAAUCUUAAAGUAGCAUCAAAAUUAUAAGACUGUGUGCUUGGAAGGCGAUAUAUUAAAUGAUUAAAUUUUUGCACAGAAAUAUAUUUCAAUCACAUUUGAAAGUGGGCUGACAUACAGAUAUAUAUGUAUGGAAACUUAAAAAUUUUUUUAUUAUAUCGUUCAGUAUUUUUACUUUAUAGGAUGUACAAAGGUAUAUUUUUAUAUGCAAAAGUUUAUAUCAAAUAUGGCAUUAUAUUAAUUUUUUUUAAAUAUGAAUAUUUUAUUAAUGGUUGCAAUGUUUAGGGCUGUAUAUGGCUUUUCUACUUUAAUUAAUAUUUCUUUGUUAAAUUCUUUUUCUUUGUGUUUGUUGUAUGUAUGUUUGUUAUAAUAAAAAGUUUAUUAGAAAGUU